UCACAAAUAGCACAGGAGGAAUAGUGUAAGUUAGUAGAAUAGCCUUACUUGUUGUGGUAGUUGUGCAUCGAGGCUACCAUAUUCAACUGAUUGUACAUGUGCAGUAAAUCCUUAUAACACUACAUACAACGGCUGUAAAAUUAACAAGUACAAUGAUUGAUCGACUCAACGAGGACGCAGAUGUGGUGAUCACCGAGGCGCCCCAGGGCAAUGUGCUGGGCGAAGAAACUGUUCCCAUGCCAACCGGUAGUGAUAAGAUCGGGUCUAUAAAUAGAGUCAGUCAGAUCGGUGUCUGUGACGAGUGUACGCGGCUGGGCUACGAAGAGAAGAUGCCGAAUAUGGACAACCAAAAUGAGCUCCUUCUCUGGGCCGCUCGACAUGGGCAUGCACACUACUGCCGAGAUCUGUUGUAUUUCACGAACGAGGGACACUAUUCUAUCAAGCAGACUAACUGUGAAGGCCUCACCCCACUGCAUCUUGCUGCACGACGCGGACACAUACAAGUGGUGCAAUUCCUAGUACUGGACGCGCGCACGCCAGUAGACCAUCGUACAUCCUCGGACGAUGAUUCGUUGACAGCCCUACACUUGGCUGUGUGCGCCAAUGAGAUGGAGGUAGUGGAAUUCUUGGCCACUCAAGGCUCAGACAUCAAUGCGAGGGACUCGCAUGGGUACACCCCGGCUAUGUUUGCGGCACAGGUAUGG